CCGGAGCGGCGGCGGCCGCAGCGGCAGAGCUGAGCCCGAGCCCGAGCCGGAGCGCGGCCACCAGGCUGCAUCCCCCACCCGUCCUCCGGCAGCAGACGGGACAAUUUCUCCCCUUGCUACAGAGAUGAGACCUGGCAAGGUGCUGUGGAGCCGUCCAUGACAGAGACUGAGCAGCAGGAAGCAAGAAGGAGGGGAGGGGGUUUCCCCUUCUGCAGCAGCAGCUCCUUGUGAGCCCCGGGACGCAGCCCCACCCUACCCCGUCCUCCCUACCAGGCUCCCCUCAGCCCCGAUAAAGACACCAGAGCCAUCCCCACCAGGCACAGAAUGUGCGAUUCCGGCUGGCGAGGGAUGCCCUCCCCAGGGACAGGUUUCAGAGGAGUCACCUGCAGCGAGCCCCAGCUGUGACCCAUGGGGAGAGAGCUGUGAUCCCAUCCAACCAGCCCAGCUGGGAGGAGAGGAAGGGCCUGGCGGGGCAGGGAGCCUGAGGCCUUUUGGGGCUGAGGGAGGCAGUCUGUUGGAAUUGGGGGUAGGGAAGUCGGGAAGCAGCUGGAGACAGAUCACCCCGGCAUGGAUUGUGUGGCCCUGCACAGCCUCCCCGAGGGACUGAAGACAGGAGAUUCCCAAGACCGAGACGAGACGCUGGGCUUGGGCUGGCUGUUCUGGGCUCUGCGGAGGCCUCAUUACUCAUGCUGUUGAGGUCGAGAGCCUUCAGCAGGGCAGCUGGGCUAUGGAGGCACACACCUGAGAGCACCAGGGGCCGAGUGUAACCAGAGUCAAGCAGGAAGGAGGGGAGCACAGGACAAAAUCAAGGGUGGGACCCUGUAUUUUCCCCGGGGUCUCCUAUUUGGGUGUGAACAGAGGGGCAGCAGGGGCUGGAUCAUUUUCUCCGGCUCCCACCAGCCGCAUCAGGACUUUGGAGCACCAGGGGUUGGGUGUGGCCAAGAUGUUCACUCCAGCCUGGCAUGCGUAGUUAAGAGAAUAGACAGCCUCUGUGCAACUGGGAUCAUUCCUCUGGGGGCCAGCACAUUGCAGGGAUACUGCUCGCUCCUCAUCCAUGCUGCUUUCUGAAGGACUCUGAAGCCAGAGGUCGAGCCAGUCAGGCCCGGAGAACCACCCUCAGAGGGCAAGUGGCCUGGGAGGAUGCCCUCCUGCUGACUUCCCUGUCUCCAACCCCUCUGCUGCCUGCCCUGCUCAGGCUGCUGCCUGCUGACCUGGCACCAUGUUGCGGCCGAGCUCAGGGGUGUUGAUCUCAGUGAACGGGCUGGGCUUCCCACCGCAGAAUCUGGCCCGCGUGGUGGUGUGGGAGUGGCUGAAUGAGCACGGACGCUGGCGGCCCUACACAGCGGCCGUCUGCCACCACAUUGAGAAUGUGCUGAAGGAGGACGCCCGGGGCAGUGUGGUCCUGGGGCAGGUGGAUCCCCAGCUGGCUCCUUAUAUCAUUGACCUGCAGUCCAUGCACCAGUUCCGCCAGGACACAGGGACCAUGCGCCCAGUGAGAAGGAACUUCUAUGACCCCUCCUCGGCCCCUGGGAAGGGGAUCGUGUGGGAAUGGGAGAACGACAACAACUCCUGGACCCCCUAUGACAUGGAUAUUUGCAUCACCAUCCAGAAUGCCUAUGAGAAGCAGCACCCGUGGCUGGACCUCUCCUCUCUGGGCUUCUGCUACCUGAUCUACUUCAAUAGCAUGUCACAGAUGAACCGGCAGACGCAGCGGAAGCGCCGACUCCGGCGCCGCAUGGACCUGGCGUACCCACUCACCAUGGGCUCCAUCCCCAAGUCCCAGUCCUGGCCUGUGGGCACCAACUCCGGGCAGCCGUGUUCCUGCCAGCAGUGCCUUCUGGUCAAUAGCACCAGGGCAGCCUCCAAUGCCAUCCUGGCCUCGCAGCGGAGGAAGGUGUAUGUGGGGAACAGCAAUGGGACUCUGACUGUUAGGCAGAGCAGCACUUUCAAUGGCACAGCAUUGUGGUCUGCGGGCACCAUGCCAACUGGGGGGACAGCUAAGAUGGAGCAGGUCCGGUCCCCUAGCGGCAUGCAAGUGACCACCUUCUCCCGAAGCCAGAGUGCUCCCACUGGCACCCAGCUUCCUGGGCAGAACAACCUGAACAGGCCUGGCACGCAGCAGGUUGCAAUACUGAGUACCAGGGCCUCCAUCCCACCAGGGUGUCUCACAGCACUAGCUGGCAAGGCCUCCGCGUGCUGGCUGUGUCACAUCCGCAUCCCACCCACAGCGGUGGUGGACAGCGGUGGGGGCCAUCACUUGGGCAUGUCGUCCAAUCUCCAGAGGUGUGAGGUCUCCCCAGAGGACUGGGACUGCACCAUCUGCAUGGAGAGGCUGGUGGCCUCGUCCGGCUACGAGGGCCUGCUCAGCCACAGGGGCGCCAAGCCGGAGCUGGUGGGCAAGCUGGGCAAAUGCGGGCACAUGUACCACCUCCUCUGCCUGGUGGCCAUGUACAACAACGGCAACAAGGAUGGCAGCCUGCAGUGCCCCACCUGCAAGGCCAUCUAUGGGGAGAAGACUGGGACCCAACCCCCAGGGAAGAUGGAGUUCCACAUCAUCCCACACUCGCUGCCAGGCUACACGGAAUCCAAAACCAUCCGCAUCGUCUACGACAUCCCCACGGGCAUCCAGGGCCCAGAGCACCCGAACCCCGGAAAGAAGUUCACAGCCCGAGGCUUCCCCCGGCACUGCUACCUACCGGACAACGAGAAAGGCAGGAAGGUUCUGAAGCUCCUGAUUGUGGCAUGGGACCGCCGGCUCAUCUUCACCAUCGGCACGUCCAGCACGACGGGAGAGUGCGACACGGUGGUGUGGAACGAGAUCCACCACAAGACAGAGUUUGGUUCCAACCUCACUGGCCAUGGCUACCCCGACCCCAACUACCUGGACAAUGUCCUGGCUGAGCUGAUGGCCCAGGGGGUCUUGGAAGCCAACCUGAAGGGCUGAGGAGGAAGCCCCCGCUCUCUGCUAGCGUGCUUCUUGGCAGCCAAACCCCGCCUGUGUCUGCGCUCGUGCGUGUCUCUGUGAGUCCGUCCUCCAGCACCGCCAUGCCCGGGAACCACCCGCCUUCCCGGAGCUCUCACUCUGCUUCUGCUGCCUUGACCUGCAGUAACCUUCAGACUGCAAUGCCGGACCUGGCUGGGUGCCACAGAAGCGUAUGUCCCCCCCCAGGCGGAGUGGCUCCCCCUUUAACCAAGGCCAUGUGCACGCCCCUCACACACGCUGGCCAACGAGCAGCAGGCCAGCAGAAGCCGUGUGAGUGACCAAGCAACGCAAAGCUGGGCUGGUUAUUUUUUUAUACUCUUGUGAUCUGUGAUAUUUUCCCUGUUUGAGAGCUCAGCCCACACCUGACUGUACA